AGCUUGCCAGGCUGCUCCCAAACUGCUUUCCUGUUCCAACUCCAGCAGUUGCAUGAUAAAGCAAGACUGUGAAGUGUUUACAGAGGAUGACACUCAGUCCCGUCACGCAUUUUGCCGCCGCUCUCGGAUAAAUGCUCAUUUUUCCUUCCGCCUGCGCUAAAAUAAUAAUAAUAAUAUUGUUAUUGGCUGAAUCGGAUCCAGGAUGCCCAGAAACGGGAUAGAAAUCCCCUUGUUUUCUAAAUCCAGCGUGACGUCACCGCCGUUAUGCUGAUUUGUUACAUUUAGGACACCGUGAAGUAAAAGUGGGAAGGAAAAUGGGAUUCCUGCACCAACUCCAUCUUCUGCUGUGGAAGAACAUAUCUCUGAAGAGGAGGGGGCCGUGGGUGCUGGCUUUUGAGAUUUUCAUCCCGCUCGUCCUUUUCUUCAUCCUCCUGGGUCUGAGGCAGAAGAAGCCAGCAAUUCCUGUCAAGGAAGUGUCCUUUUACAGCGCUGCGCCGCUCACCUCGGCUGGCAUCAUUCCCAUCAUGCAGUCGCUCUGCCCAGAUGGACAGAGAGAUGAAUUUGGUUUCCUGCAAUAUAAGAACUCCACUGUGACCCAGCUGCUGGAGCGGAUAAGUGAAGUGGUUGAACAGAAUCAGCUCUUCACAUCUGAUAGACCUGGUUUAGGUCAAGAGCUGGAGACCCUGCAGCAGCACCUGGAGAGCCUCAGCUCCACCCCAUUACCACAUGACCACAACUUUAACAACAGCCAAGGCUUCACUCUGGCCAGCGUGUUGAAGAAUGAAUCCGUUUUCCAACAGUUCCUGAUCAAGAACCUUUCCUUGUCUGACUCCAUAGCCAAGCUUCUGCUCAACACUCCAGUGAGCCUCGCAGAGGUUUACAGCCUUAUCGUCGGUACACAUUUCGGAGAUGGCGGAGGAGCCCACAGCUGGAUUCAACAGGCCAAGGGCACCACACAAAAACCUAGAGACAGAGUCCUUCAGUUAGAAGACAGCCUCUUAACUGCAUCCACACUUGAGGACCUCACCUGUGGGGACAGGUCCUCUGAGCUGAGCAAGAUUCUGCUGGUACCUGAGAAGCAGCGACCCGUGAUCCAGGCGUAUCGCAAUUCUGUGUGUAGCGAAGGGGCGGAGCAAAAGUCAGCACGCUUCAGGCAGCUGAGCCUGGAGCUGAGAAAGCAGAUCAACACGCAGAGUGUCACCGAGAAGCUUCACCUGCAGCCCAGCUCUUCGGCUCUUCUGUCUCAGUCUAACGUUGGGGCUCUGUUGAAGGAACUGGCUGAUGUAGAGAGGCUUCUGAAGGAUGUGGACCUGCUUUCUAGUCUGGCUCGCCUGCUGCCCAAAGGGGCCUGUGCUGGUCGAACUCCAGCAUCGCCAGCAAACACAACAUGGCCUCUCAAUGCCACCACAUGGGGCCCCAACACAACUGACAUUCCCGUAGAGGGUGAUGAAGGAGGAGAGGAAGGUGGAGGAGCAGGAAGUGGGAAAGGGAAGAAGGAAACGGAGAAUCCUCAUUCUCAGUUUUCAGCAUUUGUACAGUUAUGGGCUGGACUGCAGCCCAUUCUGUGUGGGAAUAACAGGAUAAUUGAACCGGAGGCUUUGAAGCAGGGAAACAUGAGCUCUCUGGGAUUCACCAGCAAAGAACAAAGGAAUUUGGGCCUACUGGUUCACUUGAUGACUACAAAUCCCAAGAUCCUCUACUCUCCUAUUGGCUCCCAGGUGGACAAAGUGAUUCAGAAGGCCAAUGAGACAUUUGCAUUUGUUGGGAAUGUGACACAUUACACCCGGGUGUGGCUCAAUAUCUCCUCCCAGCUCAGGAGUUUCCUGGAGGAGGGCCAGUUCCACAAGCACCUGGUGUGGCUGCAGCAGUUGUUCUCAGAUCUUCAGCAGCACCCUGAGUUGAUAAAUGGCACAGACACUGAGCUAAUGCAAAGUCUGAUGGAAGGAAACUACAGUCUUCCCAACACUUCCACCUUGCUAGAACAGCUGGACACCAUUGACAAUGCUGCCUGUGGCUGGACACACUUUAUGUCUAAGGUCAGUGUUGAUGUCUUCAAGGGCUUUCCUGAUGAAGACAGCAUUGUCAACUACACCCUGAAUCAGGCUUACCGGGACAACGUUUCUGUGUUUGCCAGUGUGAUUUUCCAGACUAAUAAAGAUGGCUCCCUUCCACCACAUGUUAUGUACAAAAUCAGACAAAAUUCCAGCUUAACAGAGAAGACUAAUGAAAUCAGGAGGGCCUACUGGCGCCCUGGCCCCAACACUGGGGGGAAAUUCUAUUUCCUGUAUGGCUUUGUUUGGAUCCAAGACAUGAUAGAGAGAGCGAUCAUCAACACAUUUGUGGGGCAUGACGUGGUGGAGCCUGGCAACUACGUUCAGAUGUUCCCCUAUCCAUGCUACACCAGAGACGAUUUUCUCUUUGUGAUUGAGCACAUGAUGCCUCUGUGUAUGGUGAUCUCUUGGGUUUACUCAGUGGCCAUGAUGAUUCAGCAUAUUGUAGCUGAGAAAGAGCACAGGCUUAAAGAGGUGAUGAAGAUGAUGGGUCUGAACAAUGCAGUGCACUGGGUGGCGUGGUUCAUCACGGGCUUUGUCCAGCUGUCCAUCUCUGUCACUGCUCUCACGGCCAUUUUAAAGUACGGCCGGGUGUUGCUCCACAGCGAUCCCUUCAUCAUCUGGCUGUUCCUUACCAUCUAUGCUGUGGCUACUAUCAUGUUCUGUUUCCUGGUGUCAGUAAUCUACUCCAAAGCUAAGCUGGCUUCUGCCUGCGGAGGAAUCAUCUAUUUCCUCAGCUAUGUGCCCUAUAUGUAUGUGGCCAUUAGGGAGGAGGUGGCUCACGACAAGAUCACUGCCUUCGAGAAAUGCAUUGCUUCUCUGAUGUCUACCACAGCUUUUGGCCUUGGCUCCAAGUAUUUUGCUCUAUACGAGGUAGCAGGUGUUGGCAUUCAGUGGCAGACCAUAAGCCAGUCACCUGUAGAAGGCGAUGACUUUAACCUCGGUCUCUCCAUGAUGAUGCUCAUCAUUGAUGCUGGCGUGUACGGUGUGCUGACCUGGUACAUAGAGGCUGUGCAUCCAGGAAUGUAUGGGCUGCCGCGCCCAUGGUACUUCCCACUGCAGAGGUCCUACUGGUCUGGCAGUGGCCGUGUGGAGACCUGGGACUGGCCUUGGUGUGGAGGUGGAGCUGCCAGGCUCAGUGUGAUGGAGGAGGAUCAGGCUUGUGCGAUGGACCACCGGAGGAAUGAGGAGAUCCGCGGGAUAGAGGAGGAGCCCAACCACCUUCCCCUGGUGGUGUGUAUAGACAAACUGACCAAGGUGUACAAGACAGGCAGUAAACUGGCCCUGAACAAACUGAGCCUCAACCUCCAUGAAAACCAGGUGGUUUCCUUCUUGGGACACAAUGGAGCUGGGAAGACGACUACAAUGUCCAUCCUGACAGGGUUGUUCCCGCCCACGUCUGGCUCUGCCACCAUCUAUGGCCACGAUAUCCGCACUGAGAUGGAGCGUAUUCGACAGAACCUCGGGAUGUGUCCGCAGCACAACGUCCUGUUUGACAAGCUGAGUGUGGAGGAGCAUCUGUGGUUCUACUCCAGGCUCAAAGGCAUGGCUGAAGAAGACAUCUGCAAGGAGAUGGACAAGAUGAUUGUUGACCUGGAGUUGUCCAACAAGCGUCACAGCUUGGUGCAGACAUUGUCUGGUGGGAUGAAGAGAAAGUUGUCUGUCGCCAUUGCCUUUGUUGGUGGUUCCAGGGCCGUCAUCCUAGACGAACCAACCGCAGGGGUGGACCCCUACGCCCGCCGAGCCAUCUGGGAUCUCAUUCUCAAGUACAAACAAGGCCGCACAAUUCUGCUGUCUACCCACCACAUGGAUGAAGCAGACCUUCUGGGAGAUCGCAUUGCCAUCAUCUCACACGGGAAACUCAAAUGCUGUGGCUCCCCACUCUUUCUCAAGAGCACUUAUGGAGAUGGAUGCCAGGCCAGCCAGUUCCAGCCUCCGUCUCUGUCUCCGUCCUCCUCUCUGUCGCCUUGCUCAGAAGUUCAGGUCACUCAGUUUAUUCGUCAGUUUGUGGCUUCCUGCCUGCUGGUGUCCGACUCCAACACUGAGCUGUCCUACGUGCUGCCUUCUGAGGCUGUCAAGAAGGGCUGUUUUGAGAGGCUGUUUCAGGCUUUAGAGAAGAGCUUGGACUCCCUGGCACUGACUAGUUUUGGGGUAAUGGACACCACCUUAGAGGAGGUCUUUCUCAAAGUGUCUGAAGAGGACCAGUCUCUUGAAAACAGCGAUGCUGACGUAAAGGGUUCGCCAGGGGGGAGCUCUGUAGGGAAAUCAUCAAUCGGUUCAGAAGGUUUGGGGGGACCACAGGGUGAGACAGGAUCCCAAGUGGAGCCUGAAAAGCCAACGGUGGAACUAAACAAUCUGGUGAAGUGCUCCACACUAAGCCAGAGCCAGUCUUCUCUAAUGUCCUCCUCAUCUGUCGGCUCAGUAAGAGGCGAUGAAGGAGGGCUAUAUACCGACUUCUAUGGAGAUUACUGUCCGCUCUUUGACAACAGACAGGGGGCUGACUCUGCUAGCCUCCAGGGAGAUGCAGAGAACCCCUCGUCACCAGAGCCCGAGGUGCUGGAAGGGCAGGGCACCUUCAAGCUGGAGGGUUGGUGGUUGAAACUGAGCCAGUUUCACGGACUUAUUAUCAAGAGGUUUCACUGUGCCAAGAGGAACACCAAGGGUCUCUUCUCUCAGAUCCUCCUGCCUGCCUUCUUUGUCUGUGUGGCCAUGACCGUGGCCUUAUCUGUGCCCGAGAUCGGAGAUUUGCCACCCUUGAUCUUGUCCCCAUCUCAGUAUCAUAACUACACCCAACCAAGAGGCAACUUCAUCCCUUAUGCCAAUGAAGACAGACCCCAGUACAGGAACAAGCUGUCACCAGACGCCAGCCCACAGAAGAUCAUCAACACCUUCCGCCUGCCCUCGGGUAUCGGUGCUACUUGUAUCCUCAAAACCCCCUUCAACAGCACCCUGGACCAGCUGGCACAAACCCUCAACCCCAAUGCCAAUAACUCCAAAACCCUAGCUGCCAAAUACUUUGAUUCUAUGUGUCUGGACUCCUUCACUCAGGGCGUCCCCCUCUCCAACUUUGUGCCCCCACCACCUUCGCCAGCACCUUCAGAUGACCCAGACUCUAAUUUUGAGGACGGUCUGUGGAACCUAACAGUCACUCCUCCAAUUACAGUUCAUAAGCCUGUUACAUCUCCACCUACCUUUCCCUUGUCCAUCCAUGAGCCGGUGCGCUGCGUCUGCUCUAUGCAGGGGACAGGCUUCUCCUGUCCCAGUGGGGUAGGAGGACAACCCCCUCUCAUGAAGGUGGUGACCGGUGACAUUAUGGUGGACAUCACAGGCCGGAACGUCUCUGAAUAUCUGCUUUUCACAUCAGACAGAGUGCGGCUGCACAGAUAUGGUGGUUUAACAGUGGGCAACAUUCAGAAAUCAAUCCCAACAUCUUUUGGGAGAAAUCUUCCACCUAUGGUUCGUAAAAUAGCGGUGCGCAGAUCAGCUCAGGUUCUCUACAACAAUAAAGGCUACCACAGCAUGCCAACGUAUCUGAAUGUCCUCAACAAUGCCAUCCUGCGUGCCAACAUGCCUCCCUCCAAGGGCAAUCCUGCUGCCUACGGAAUCACAGUAACAAACCACCCGAUGAAUCGCACCAGUGCCAGCCUUUCUUUAGACUAUUUGCUCCAGGGCACAGAUGUAGUGAUUGCCAUCUUCAUUAUUGUCGCCAUGUCCUUUGUCCCAGCCAGCUUUGUGGUUUUCCUAGUAGCAGAAAAAUCCACAAAGGCCAAACACCUGCAGUUUGUCAGUGGCUGUGACCCAGUCAUCUACUGGCUAGCCAACUAUAUUUGGGAUAUGCUGAACUACCUGGUACCUGCUACAUGCUGCGUUAUUAUUCUGUUUGUGUUUGACCUGCCAGCCUACACCUCUCCAACAAACUUCCCUGCUGUCCUCUCCCUCUUUCUUCUCUACGGUUGGUCGAUUACUCCCAUAAUGUAUCCUGCAUCCUUCUGGUUUAAGGUUCCCAGUACAGCCUAUGUCUUUCUCAUAGUCAUCAACCUCUUCAUAGGCAUCACUGCAACUGUUGCAACCUUCCUUCUACAGCUCUUUGAACACGACAAGGAUUUGAAAAAAGUGAACAGUUACCUAAAGUCCUGUUUCCUCAUCUUCCCCAACUACAACCUGGGUCAUGGCCUGAUGCAGAUGGCCUACAACGAGUACAUCAAUGAAUACUACGCUAAAAUAGGGCAGUUUGACAAGAUGAAAUCACCAUUUGAGUGGGAUAUUGUGACUCGAGGACUUGUUGCAAUGACAGUCGAAGGCUUUGUUGGCUUCCUCAUCACCAUCCUCUGUCAGUACAACUUUCUGAGGAACCCGCCGAGGGUGCCGGUCAGCUCCAAGCCUAUCGAUGACGAUGAUGUAGACGUGGCCUGUGAGAGACAAAGAGUGCUGCGUGGAGACGCUGACAAUGACAUGCUGAAGAUCAAGAACCUGACCAAGGUAUACAAAUCCAGAAAGAUGGGACGUAUCCUUGCAGUGGACCGCCUGUGUCUGGGUGUCCGGCCCGGAGAGUGCUUUGGAUUGCUCGGAGUAAAUGGAGCUGGGAAAACCAGCACCUUUAAGAUGCUGACAGGAGACGAGUGUACUACUGGAGGAGAGGCUUUCAUUAACAGAAACAGGUUAGUGGCUGAAAUAACAGAGUGCACUGUAAAUGUGACUGUAACAUUCUUAGCAGAUACUUUAGCAGCAAAGGACAUCAGACAUCAAAUACAUGGGCACUGGGGGAUAUCCUACCGUUGUCUCCUUCAUCGCCUGAACAGCAGAAUUUCAACGGCUCACAUUACUCUUUGCCCCCUGCAGGUGGUGCAGUGGGCAUUGGAAAAGCUGGAGCUGUCCAAGUAUGCAGACAAACCAGCGGGCACUUACAGUGGAGGAAACAAACGCAAGCUCUCCACUGCCAUUGCUCUCAUCGGGUACCCAUCACUCAUCUUCCUGGAUGAGCCCACCACUGGGAUGGACCCGAAGGCCCGCAGGUUCCUCUGGAAUUUAAUCCUGGACAUAAUCAAGACCGGACGCUCUGUAGUGCUGACGUCACACAGCAUGGAGGAGUGUGAGGCCUUGUGUACCAGACUGGGCAUUAUGGUGAAUGGCAGGUUUAAAUGCCUGGGGAGCAUCCAGCACCUAAAGAACAGGUUCGGAGAUGGCUACAUGAUCACAGUGAGGACAAAGAGCAGCUCCAGCGUCAAAGAGGUGGUUCGAUUUUUCAACAGAAACUUCCCCGAGGCUCUGCUGAAGGUACGUUACAGCAACUCUCCAGUGUCGUCAUUUUACCCACAGAGCACCAACCUGACAGACGUAGCACCAGACGUGUUUGUUAACUUUGCCAAGAAACAAAGCGAUAACCUUGAGCAGCAGGAUGUGUCGCCGCUGGGCAGUGGAAAGUCCCCCCUGCAGCGCAUCUUCAGCCUUCUAAAGUCUCGAACGGCCAACACAGAACUCAACGCUCUGAUCAGUGAGGCGCCAGAAGAGCUGGAGAGCGAUGAUGAUGAAGGUCUCAUUAGCUUCGAAGAGGAACGGGUGCAGCUCUCUUUCAAUACAGACACCCUCUGUUAAAAUGAGCUACUUUCACAUCAGAGAGCAGAGGGGAGGGCAGAGGGGGGACCCCUGAUCCCACUGGUCUGAGCUAUGCGUUCCUGAGAGUAUGGCACCGCGACCCUGAAGAGGACCAAAACUCUCUGAACACAGCACCUGAGGUUCAGUAUUUCAGGCUUCAGAUGGACUCUGCACUAGGACGGCAACAUUAUACUUUGAGUGUGUGAAUUUGAACCCUUUAUGAAAUGUUAAAAACCAAGUCUUUGAUUCCACUGGUGUCUCUGAGCUGACUGGAAUCACCCCCUAAGGGUCCUUGUUACUCUGUAGACCUGCCUUGAGAGCAUGCUGUGAUGAUGAUAAUACACCCUGUUUUUCUGUGGUAAGAUUUAUUUUGAAGGCAGCUACAAACUGCUGUGUUGGUUCGUUUGUUUAAAUCUUUUUCUUUCUUUUUUUUGCGUUGGGGGGGUGCACCCUGUAAGGGGGCGUGCGUGGACCUGUGGGGGAGCAGGAGGCCUUCUUGCCUUCUUUGAUGUUACCAGGUGAAUGUACACGGGUGUUGUCAUGGUGAUGCCUCCUCCUCUCGGUUUGUUCUGACACUGUACACGUGGUCGCUUUCUUUUCUGUUUUACAUAUUAGUACUUUUAUUUAUAUUCUUAUUAUUUUUAUGAAUAUUAUUGUAACAUGUUAUUAUGUUGUGCAUUCUGGUGAGAAGAUCCUCUGUAAAUGGGGCACUGUGUAUAAUAAGAACAAUAACUCCACCUGCAGUGAACAUGAGCAGCAUUGUAACAGCCUGAACGGUGGAUUUGAAUUCCUGACAACAACUGCACUCCUAUCACUGUGACACUAACAGGGACCUUCAGAUCACAUUUGCAGUAAUAUGUGGGUACGCUCCAUGUUUUAUGAUUUGCAGAUGAACUUGUAAUUUUUUCAUGGCUUCUGGAAUCAGCACAUUACAAAAAUAAGGCUCUUUCACUG